GCUCAACAUCCUCCCAACUCAACUGGUCCAUCUUGUUUACUUACAGCAUCGAAUCAUGACUGAUCAUCACGAAGAAGACGAACUCGCACCUACCCAAACUGCAGGCUACAAGGUUGGAGAGAAGAAGAGCCUUCAAGAAUACGAGACUUUGGACGCGAACGACGAGUCUCUCAAGAAGUGGAAGGCAUCUCUUGGUCUCGGACAGGCUGCUGCACCCACGGAUGAUCCUCGCAGAGUUGUAGUUCUCGGUAUUGCAUUGGAAGUUGCUGGACGUACUGAUGUCACUGUUGACUUAUCUACACCAAACGCCCUCGAACAGGCCAGAUCCCACCCCUUCACCAUCAAAGAAGGUGUUGAAUACCGCAUGAAGGUCAAGUUCAGAAUUCAACACGAUGUUGUUUCUGGUCUCAAGUACCUGCAGGUUGUCAAGAGAAAGGGUCUCCGAGUGGACAAGACCGAAGAGAUGAUUGGCAGCUAUGGCCCCAAUGCUGAACCAUACGAAAAGAAAUUCCAAACUGAAGAAGCUCCCUCUGGUAUGCUUGCUCGUGGUCACUAUGAAGCCAAGAGCAAAUUCGUUGACGACGACAACGUUACCCAUAUGGAGUGGAACUGGUCUUUCGAUAUUAAGAAGGACUGGUAAAUAAUACCAAACCUGCAGUACUUAUUCAAUAAAUCUUGUUAAACGCAUCUCAUCAUGACUACGACAGACUUCAUUACGAGGAAAACAAGUGUAUCGAUUUUUGUAUUUCAGAGAAAUUUACAUUAUAAAAAAAAGUCUAUUUUUUCUUUUUGGUUCCUUGUGGAGUCCAGCAGCUGAGG